AUGUCAAUUGCAGACACAUACACGAUUAUGAAGGAGUGCAUUUCUGAACAGGAUCACUACCAUACUUUCCCAAAUAAGGGCUAUACAAUUGAUGAAGAAUGCGAUCUGGUCGAAGUUCAGGGUCAAGAGGUGGCCUACUGCCUUUGUCGAAAUCAGAAUUUAUGCAACAAACCUCCAAUUGCCGAUCAAUUUAUUGCUUUCGAGGAGAAACAUCCCGAAUUAUUUGGUGACGAGAUUUCCACGUCGACCCCCUUACCUGCUGGACCAGCACCAAUCGCACUCCCUACCUCACCUAAUCAGGCGAAAGUCGGUUUCGGUGCACCCAUAGUUCCACCGCCACCCAUCAUUCCCAUCAAUGACCCAAGAGCUAAGCAGCCAAAGGUUGAAUCCGAAAUUAGGCGAGCGCAGCUUCCUCUUAGAGACAAACAGCCGGACCUUCCCGAUACGCCCAUCUCGCCAGAGAUCAACAGUGGUGUUGGAUUCAUCGGCAGUAUCGGCGGAAAUCGUCCCGCUGUUGCCAUCCCUGCUCCUCCAGCUACACCACCUGUAGUCAAC